CACAUCCCCCAAGCUCGACAUGGUCCGCGAUUUUUGCUUGUCUGUCGAUAACCAUCAUCUCCUCGCUGCUGUACACAGCGACGACGACUAGUUCCCAGCGCUGAACAUGGCCGAGUUCGACCCGACCACCCACCCGCACCGUCGACUGAACCCUCUCACGGGCGAGCGCGUCCUGGUCUCCCCUCAUCGCACCAAGCGACCCUGGCUGGGCCAGACAGAGCCCCCGCAGCCGUCGGACCUCCCGCAAUACGACCCGAAAUGCUACCUCUGUCCCGGCAACACGCGCGCGGGCGGGGCGAAGAACGACGAGUACAAGCAGACCAUGAUCUUUGAGAACGACUAUGCUGCCGUUCUACCGCCGCCUGGACCGGCUGCACCCGCUGCUCCUCACCCACUGCUCACGACGGAACCCGUCCAGGGUGGCUGCGACGUCCUGUGCUUCCACCCGCGGCACGACCUGACCCUUGCACGCCUGGCUGUGCCGGACAUCGAGCGCAUCAUCGAGGAGUGGUCUGCGAUCUACAACAAGCGCGGUAACCAGGAGGGCAUUGAGUAUGUCCAGAUAUUCGAGAACAAGGGUGCCAUGAUGGGCUGCUCGAACCCACACCCGCACGGACAGGUCUGGUCGCUUUCAGACGUGCCCUCGCUCCCCGCAACCGAGCUCGCCAACCUCAAGCGGUACGCUCUCCAGAAUGCCCCCUCGGCCUCGGCACCCAAGGGCCCGGAAGGGAAGGCCUGCCUGCUUUGCGAGUACGCGCAUUUUGAAGUGGGCGUGGCGGAGAGCGAGGGCCGCGUCGUCGUGAAGAACGAGCACUUCGUCGCGCUCGUCCCCUGGUGGGCCAUCUGGCCGUUCGAGAUCAUGCUGCUGCCAUACGCUCGUCAUAUCCCGUCGAUUGCGGACCUCACUUCCGAGGAGCGGUCCGCAUUCGCCUCGAUCCUCUCGCAGAUCACUAAGCGCUACGACAACCUCUUCUCAUGCUCGUUCGCCUACUCCAUGGGCAUCCACCAGCGGCCCGUUCCCCGCAAAGCCGCCGACGCUGCGGACGCGGACGCCGCGCAUCUGCACCUGCACUUCGACCCGCCGCUUCUGCGGAAUGCGAGCGUGCGCAAGUUCCUCGUUGGGUUUGAACUGAUGGCGGAGCCUCAGCGUGAUCUCACGCCAGAGCAGGCGGCAAGCCGUCUGCGUGCUUGCUCGGAGGUGCACUACCUGGAUACUACGGAGGAAGCCCCGAAGACUGCGGAGAACCCGACGUCCAAGGAUGUCGACCCGACCAACAGCUGAGGUGCCCAAGGAGGAACGUCAAUGAUCCAAAAUGAAGAUAGACGACGGACGAUGAUCGAUAGAGUGGAAGUAAUCUGGCAAUUGUACAAUGAACCCGGUUCAGCAACGCGU